GCCGAAGAUUGUUGUUGCUUUUUAGGUGUCGGGCCAUAGGCCGGUUGUCGUAUUGUUUACCAUUUCCGUUGCUUGUGUGAUUGGUAGGGGUGGUUGGUGCAGUGUGGUAAAAACGUCCAGCCAAGUAUUCACAUGUCGGAGCUUGAACUGUGAAGCUUGCACCGGUCAUCUUGGUGGAGUAGAGGCACGCUGGUUGCCAGAGAUUGUCUGGGUUAUGUUUUGAUCCUGGUUUUCACAGCAUUUCCCGCCGCCAUGCCGUGCAAAUUGAAAUACAUUGAAGUAGAAAACUUCAAGUCUUACAAGGGCUUCAUGCAGAUUGGCCCGUUGAUGCCCUUCACCGCAAUUGUUGGCCCAAAUGGCUCUGGUAAGUCAAAUUACAUGGAUGCCAUCAGCUUUGUCAUGGGAGAAAAGACAUCAAGUCUGAGAGUGAAGAGGCUCAGUGAUCUCAUACAUGGAGCAUCCAUUGGACAGCCUGUCUCCAGGACUGCAGGAGUGACUGCUGUGUUUGAACUGGAGGAUGGCACGGAGCGCAGGUUUGCUCGUUAUGUGCAAGGCUCUUCAUCAGAUCACCGCAUUGACAACAACAUUGUCACCAUUGCUCAGUACAUGAGUGAGCUGGAAAAACUUGGUGUAAAUGUCAAGGCAAAGAACUUCCUAGUGUUCCAGGGUGCAGUUGAGUCAAUUGCCAUGAAAAACCCAAAGGAGAGAACAGCCCUGUUUGAAGAGAUUAGCAGUUCAGGAGCUUUGAAGGAUGAAUAUGACAGGCUCAAGGCCGAGAUGGUCAAGGCCGAAGAGGAUACACAGUACACUUACCAAAAGAAGAAGGGCAUUGCAGCUGAGAGGAAGGAGGCCAAGAUGGAGAAAGAUGAAGCAGAGAAGUAUCAGAGGUUCAAAGAAGAGCUAAAUGACAAGCAGGCUGAGCUGCAGCUGUUUAGGCUCUACCAUAAUGAACAAGAAAUUGAGGCUGCUGAGCUGGAGAUCACAAAGAAAAGAGGUGAGAUUGGAAAGAUAGAAAAGAAGAAGGAAAAGGCUGAAGAACAUCUCAAAGAAAAGAAGAAAGACCAUGGCAAGCUCCAAAGGGAAAUAGCCAAACUGGACCAAGAUGUGAAGGAGAAAGAGGUGGAAAUCAACAAAAGGAGGCCCACUUUCAUCAAAGCCAAGGAAAGGGUCACCCACAUGCAAAAGAAGGUUGAUGCUGCUACCAAGUCCUUGAACCAGGCACGUAAGGCACAUGAGGCUCACAUGCAGGACAUUCAUGAGCUGGAGGAGGAAAUGAAAGUCAUUGACAAGAAGCGAGCUGAAUAUGAAGAGACUGUCAUGGGAGAUUCUCAGAGUCAAGGCAAAUCAUUAAGUCUUGAGGAAGCUCAAGUUGCAGAGUACCACAGACUGAAGGAAGAUGCUGCAAAGCGCUCAGCAAGGUACCUGCAGGAUCUAGACUCGGUCAAUCGCGAACAGAAGUCUGACCAAGAUCGUCUGGACAAUGAGCUAAGAAAGAAACAGGAGGUGGAAAACAGACUAAAAACAAAGGGCCACGAACUGGAAGACGCCCAGAAAAGGAUUGAGAAGCUUGUGGAACACAUUCGGUCGUCGGAGUCAUCCCUCGAAGAGCAGCGACGCCUACGCGAGGAACUUCAGUCAGAAGUUGGAAGCAGCAAGAACCAGAUUACAGACUUACAGAGCAAACUGGAGUCGGUCACUGAGCAGCUUGGAGAUGCUCGUGUCGACAAACAUGAGGAAGCAAGGAGGAAGAAAAAGCAGGAAAUCGUAGAAAAUUUCAAGCGUCUCUUCCCUGGUGUGUUUGAUCGAAUGAUCAACAUGUGUCAGCCCAUCCACAAGCGAUACAACGUUGGCAUCACCAAAGUGUUGGGAAAGUACAUGGAAGCCAUCGUUGUUGACACCGAGAAGACAGCGCGCCAGUGCAUUCAGUACCUGAAGGAACAAAUGCUCGACCCAGAGACCUUCCUACCACUGGACUACAUCCAGGCUAAGCCACUGAAGGAACGACUGCGAAACAUCAGCGACCCCAAAAACGUCAAGCUGGUCUAUGACGUGCUGCAGUACAAUCCCCCGGAUAUCAAGCGCGCCGUGCUGUUCGUUACGAACAAUGCGCUUAUCUCGGAAACGCCGGAAGACGCCAUGAAGGUCGCGUACGAAAUGGAGGAUGGCCAGCGAUAUGACGCGGUGGCGCUGGACGGCACGUUCUACCAGAAGUCCGGCAUCAUAUCCGGUGGCAGUCUCGACUUGGCCCGCAAGGCGAAACGCUGGGACGAAAAACACAUGAGCAACCUGAAGAGCGAGAAAGAGCGUCUGCAGGAGGAACUGCGCGACGCGAUGAAAAAGUCGCGAAAGGAGUCUGAGCUAAACACGGUGGAGUCCCAGAUACGGGGUCUGGAGACGCGGCUGAAGUACGCACGCACCGACAAGGAGAACACUGAGGGCAAACAGAUUCGCCAGCUGCAGCACGAACUGGAGCAGCUGCGCGGUCAGCUGGAGACGUUCGCGCCCCGCAUCCACGAGAUCGAGCGCACCAUGAGGAAGCGAGACGUGGACAUACAGGAGAUCAAGGAGAACAUGAACUCGGUGGAGGACGUGGUGUUCGCCGGCUUCUGUCAGGCAAUCGGCGUGCAGAACAUCCGUCAGUACGAGGAGCGGGAGCUGCGCUCACAAACCGAGAAAGCCAAGAAACGGCUCGAGUUUGAGGAUCAAAAGAACAGGAUUACAAAUCAACUGGAGUUUGAGCGCUCGCGCGACACGGAGAACAACGUGAAACGCUGGGAGCGCUCCGUGCAGGACGAUGAAGAAGAGCUGGAGCGCUGCAAGCUCGCUGAGACAAAGCAAAUGACUGCUAUCGACAAGGACAUGCGCGAACUGGACAAGCUCAAGUCUGAAAAGCUCUCAAAAAGGCAGGAGGGUGAAGAGAAGGAAGACGAAAUCAACAAGGCGCGUCGGGAGGUGGGCACGAUUGCUAAGGAGAUGCAAGCAGUCCAGAAGCAGAUCAACACUUUGGAUGGCAAGGUGGAACAGAAGCGCAGUGAGAGACACUCAAUCCUUAAACAGUGCAAAAUGGAGGAUAUCGUCAUUCCAACAUCACGUGGAUCAUUGGACGACCUGGGGGGAGGAGACGAUGGCGAGUCUGAAGCCAUGGAACCUGGAAGCUCACAGAAUACUUCAGCCGUGAACGAAAGAGCAGCGAGGAUUGUGGUUGACUACUCCAGGCUCGAUGAGUCGUACUUCGAUCUCGACGACGAUGAGGUUCGAAAGAUCGAGAGCAAAUUGAACAAGCAGAUCAAUGAGCUAGCGUCGAUGCUGCAGAAGAUCCAGAUGCCGAACAUGCGAGCGAUGCAGAAACUUGACAUGGCGAGAGAGAAGCUGCAAGAGACCAAUGAGGAGUUCGAUUCGGCAAGGCGCAGAGCCAAAAAGUCGAAGCAGGCGUUUGAGCGGGCCAAGAAGGAGCGCAACGAUCGCUUCAUGGCCUGCUUUGAACAUGUCGCAAACGAGAUUGAUGGCAUAUACAAAGCCCUGGCACAGAACCAGUCGGCGCAGGCCUUCCUGGGUCCGGAGAACCCGGAGGAGCCUUACCUGGACGGCAUCAACUACAACUGCGUGGCGCCCGGCAAACGGUUCCAGCCCAUGUCCAACCUGUCUGGAGGGGAGAAGACGGUGGCGGCCCUGGCGCUGCUGUUCGCCAUCCACAGCUUCCAGCCGGCGCCGUUCUUCGUGCUGGACGAGAUCGACGCGGCGCUGGACAACACAAACAUCGGCAAGGUGGCCGGCUACAUUCGCAGCCAGACCGCGGCCAAGCUGCAGGUGCUCGUCAUCUCGCUGAAGGAGGAGUUCUACAGCCAUGCCGACGCGCUGAUCGGCAUCUGCCCGGACGCAGGCGAGUGUCUGGAGAGUCGCGUGCUCACGCUGCGGCUGACCGACUACCCGGACCAUCUGCAGGCGGACGAGCCGGUCGUCAGGCGCUGAGGCGCGCCUUUCCUCAGCCUGACCGCGCGGCGCGGGUGAUCGGCGCCCAGCCGGCGUCACAGUGCGGCGUGCUGAGCGGGAGUGGCCGGCGCCCUGCUGGUGUCACAGCGGGGCGUGCUGAGCGGGGGUGGCCGGCGCCCAGCCGGCGUCACAGUGCGGCGCGCUGAGCGGGAGUGGCCGGCGCCCUGCUGGCGUCACAGUGCGGCGUGUUGAGUGGGUGUGGCCGGCGCCUAGAAGGCGGCACGGUGUGGUGUUUCGGGCGGGAGCGGCCGGCGCCCAGAUCUUGACACAGCGUGACGUUUGGAGCGGGAACAGCCUGUGCCUAAAGGGCGAUAACGUGUGACGUGCACGCCGAGGGAGUUAUAUUGGUCCAGCGGCCGGUUCUAUUUGGCGCACAUGCCAAGCCUGCGCGUGACGUCACUUGCGAUUAGUUUUAAGAUCAGUUCUCACGUUCAUGGAUCCAUUGGAGUAGUUUUAGCUUACAGUGUCUUUAGAGCCAUCUGAAAUGUUUCAUUCGUGGUGGAUGUGGUGAGCUAUGACUUUGCAUAGCUGGUACGUCUUCGUAUAGUGUCCUCAUUUUUAGAAUACACGUGGCCGUAUUCCA